UAUUGGGAGCAAAUACUCACAAAUAGUUCCUCUGGAUUGAUGGAGACCCACUACACCACACUGGGAGUGGAGGCCACAGCCUCGGAAGCAGAUGUCCGGCAGGCAUACAAAACAAAAUGCCGACUCUUGCACCCGGAUAAGAAUGCUGAUCGGCAAUCAACACUGGCUUUUCAGCGUCUCCAAGAAGCCUACGAGACCCUGCGAGACCAAACAAAGCGGUGUGGAUAUGAUACCCAGCUGUGGCUUCAGGGCCUAGGUGUUGAUCCAGAUGAACGACAAGUGGAAUGGAUCGUCAAUGCAAGAUCAAGCAAUGCAACAGUCAUUGAUGUAAAGGUUGAGACGCGGCUGCUGGAACCAUCACCAUUUGCUCAGCUGCGUCAGAAUUCUGGCGCGGACUUCCUCUACCUCCGAAUACGGAACAACCAACAUCAAUCAGUGGUUUUCAUCAAGGGAUCUGAACAGAUGGUUGAGACGGGGAAGCAGCUGCUCUUGAAACAUCGAGACGAAGCCUUCGGGCUGGCUGCUCCAGCGCAUGGCCUUGUCUUCAUUGUACCGAACGAGAUGAUGUCCCGUGUUCCUCUCAUCCAGAGCAACCUGCCAGCUUUGAGCAGCAAGCAUGGUGUGCAGAUAUCUCCAAAAUCACAAGACCGUUUUGCAGUGCUGGGGAGCCUGAAGAGUGCAUCAAAAGUAGCGGCGCAACUUCAACGAUGGACAGGGUUCAAAGGAACGAUUCUGCUUCCGGGCGGGGAAGAAUUGGAUGCAUGGCAAUAUGAACAUUACUGUGAGAUGUCGGACUUGAAUUUGCUUCAAGAUCUCCACGCAAGCGUGACUCCCGGCCCAGAUCAAGAACCCGAUUCUGGGCAAGUCCGGAGACUAUUCGCCUUUGCCUGUGCAAAAAAGGUUACAGCGGAAGAGAACGAAUGUCUCACAGUCUUGGCAGUGGCCGUUCUGAGUCUGAAUCGGCUGACCACGCCCUUAAAGAGAGCCCUUGUUUCUCAAGCACUUUGUGCCGAAUGGAGUGGCCUGCCAUCGAAAGACAAAGCACCGUUGAUAUGCGCGAUAGCUUCUACACAGCACCAACUCAUUCAUCGAUCGGAGUACGAGGCCAUGCUCAAAGGUUUCAAAAGCCUCGGGGAAUUCCUCACGGGGCAACAAGGACUUCUUCUGCGUGCAAGAGGCUAUGUGUCUAUGAAAGAGGCCGUCCCUGCUGACUCUCAGUGGCAUGGCUGGUUUGAGGUGUUGAUAACGGGCAAACUCUCAACAUUUUGGCUACAGUGUCUUGAAAUCGUCCGCCUACCACAAGAUUGGCAUGCAGUGCCACAAGUAAUGGGAUUGGUGCUGCAACACUGCUCUGGGCCUGACAUGGCGGUGGACACAACCAAGGGCUUGAGACACGAGCAGGCUCCAUCCACAGCAGAAGCAGACAAUGACCACCCCAAGACAAAGACAGCAGUGGAAGAUGUAGAGGAUUGUCUUUUCGAAAUGAGCCGUGCAAUUGCACACAGUGGGGGCGUGUCCGUACAUUCAUUAUCAAGUCGGUGUGGACAGUCGCUAGAGCAGUGCAACAAAAUUGUGGAAAACCAUAAGCUCUCGUUCCAAGCGGACCAGACGGGCAUUAGAUUGAGCCAAAGUGGCAAAGCACGUGCUGCAAUGAGAGAAUCGGAGAGAAGUUCGAAAGACAAAAGGAAAUUGGAACAUCGAAUUGCAAUGUUUGCCAGCCAGAAGCUUCAGCAGCUGCCGCUUCAACUGCCGCAUACCUUUAGACUGGCUGAGCUGUGUGGGCUCAUGAUUUGUUUGGAGAAGCAAACCCACUGGGAACUUGCGGCUGUGGCCUUCAAACGUCUAGUUGCCCCUGAACCAGGCAAGAUCCGCUCUGCCAUAGUGCCCUUUCAGAUCUCCCAUGUGAUGAAGUCGGUUAUCAACUACGAGAAAGCCGGCAAAAAGAUCUAUGAUGAGAAGGAAUCUUUGGUGGCAGUAUUGAAGGCAGCAUCUUUGAGUAUGCUGAGGAAUGAGUCCAGCUCAUAUGUAUCCUUAGACGUUGCAACGGAGUGUUUGGUGUCAGCUACGCAGAAGCCCUUCGUGGGCGUGAUGGACAUGACGGAACCCCAGAUGAUCCUGACAUCAGCAGCUUCCCGGGUGGCUGCAGAAAUCGCUGAAGAUGAUAAUCCUGAGAUAUGCCCAGCUUGUUUUUCUCGAAGUUACAGCAGCUUUUUCGACUUUGCCAAACUUUGUGCAUCUUUGGCGUAUUUCUACUCCUUGGUCUGGCAGAAGAUGCUGAUCGAAUACAGUGAGCAAGUCGUGCAGGUUUUUGAGAUCUUGGCCGCUGCCGUGGAGAAGUUUUAUGAGUUCAUCUCGUCGGAGCAAAACGGUCUCCGUCAGAUGGUAAGAGCUUUUGAGCUCAUUGGCUCGGUGAAAGAUGCUAGACUCGAACGCGCUUCUUCCAUGGGCUUGCGGGGACUUUCAAGGUUGCUAGAGAUCUCCAAACUGGAUCUCUGGGACUUUGAAAACUUGGCUGCUGUGGUCAACGGCUUCAAGCUUCCACAUCCAAAUGUGAAGAUGUUUGAAAAGAUUGGAAAAGCAGCUGCCCGGGUGGUCAAGGCAAUGGCGAAGGUGUCUGUAGAUCAAAUGGUGCAUUUCAUUGCAACCUAUGGCCAGCUCGGUAUUCUGCAUCAUUUGGAGAAGCUUCUCAAGCAGUUGCGAGAUAAGAAUUGGUUCAAAACCCUCAUUGCUCCAUGGAACAUUGCGAAGAUUGAUGAGGAGCAGAUUCUCCCGCAUGUCCUCGCAGCGAUGGUUCGUGCCCAAGAGUUUGAUGUACUCCAAGAGAUCGCAGAGAAGUACAAAAACAAAGACAUUUCUACGCAGAAAAUCGUGGCCAUCCUAACUGGCCUGUCCGGAUGUGAAGACAAGCUGACAAUCAAGAGUGCCUUCUUGAAGAAACUGGUGGAUCUUUGCCGAACAUGUCCUCCCGAAAUCAAAGACAUGGAACAGAUCGUUUAUGUUUGCCAAAAGGACGCAGGCUCUUUGAACACUCUGAUCGAGAUAUGUCACCACAGAAACAUCUUGGAAUCCAUCCCCAAGCAGUGGCAAGAACUGACCAGAUGCCUUGAAUGCCUUCUCGGUCCUUUCACUGAUGCAAAGCUACGUGUGCCACUUUUGGAAGCUGCUUUUGCAAGCAGACUGAUGCAAGCCCUUGCGCAAUGCAGCAAACCAGAGCCAGAGGAAGUGGUAGCUGCUGGGCUGAAAUUUUCGGUUGAGGCACUGGCAUCCAUGCCAGCCCUUGCGCACGCCAUCAUUCUCCGCAUCAAGAGUUUACCAAAGCGGUCGGAGCUGGAGCGUUUCAAGACCUUCAUCAGCAACAUUGCCCUUUCUGCCAAGCAUGUCCCGACUGAGGCGGGCACAGCAGAGCUUGAUGCCUGGACAGCUGCAAUUGACAAAGUUAUAUUGGAGGAAGCGAGCAACCUUGGAACGAGUCGGUCAGACCUUUCAUGGUCCCUGGUUGAGAUGAUGACAAUGUCGUCCAACAACUUACCAAUGAAGAUUCGACAAGAACUCGGGCAAGCCUGGCUGUCAACAAUUCUGGCACGAAGCCGAAGAGUGUUUUGGGAUGGAUUGCGCGUCCUGCUCGAGCCACCCCGACCAACAGAAGCUUUGCGAGCGAUGAAACAGGAGUUGCAGGGACAUCAUCCUGAAACCCAAUCGCCAGAUGCCAAGCUCUCAGACGAGGUUACCACGGAGCAGCCCGUCCAGGCACUUACCACGACGUGUUCCCCAACAUCUUCCCCAACAUCCGCCCCGACAUCCGUCCAGGAAUCAGCCCCGGCAUCGGCCAAACAAUCUCCAGAACCUUCUCGUCCUGAAAUUGAGAGGCCUCGGUCCCGUUCGCGAUCCCGGUCCCACGCGCCAGAGGCAGCUCUGACAGUAUCGUGCCAGAACCCCAAGUUCAGAGGGAGCUACCGCAGAAAAGGCACGAGGAAUGGCAAAGCUGCUUUUGCAAAGAUCGAUGAUGAAGAGGUGCAGCUGUUUACAGAGAAAACUUGUUGGUGCUUGGGCAGUCCCACCUCAGGGUGGAUUCGGCACCCCAGCAACUCAGGAGGAUUUGCGCCAACGGAGGGAUGGGAUGAUCCAACGUUGAGGAUCUCCUGGCAUGCUCCAAGGGUAACCCACGGUAGCGUUGCAGCUCCCAGAGCGAAGGUUGCAAACAAGAAGCCUCGUACUGGGGAUAGAGUCCUCAAGGGAACCCCUAUGCCCCUGGUUGGAGAACCUUCACCAUCUCCAUCACCAGUUGAGCAGGCCACGCUGGUCACACCACAGGGUGAACUAAAGCAGUGGCUGCGAUCUGCAUCGGUGGAUGGUAUUUUAAUGCAAUACGAGGAGCGUCUGGUGGACCAAUUGGACGGAGACAUGACGUUUCUCCCGGAGUUUGUGUGCGAAGCCAAUUCCGAGAAAGUCGGGUUGGCCCGAAUUGAUCCAGCUUUUUGGGAAGCUAUCCAAUGCACCAAGCUCGCGCACAAGUUGCAGUUCUCCAAGGCCAUGAUCAAAUUGAAAGAUGCCCCUCUUGCGUGACAGAUUUGGGUGUGUCCCGUGACCUGCAGAUUUUAAGAUUCACAGUGCACGCGAGUCCUGUGCGGAUGUGUGCA